AUGAUGAUGGAUCCUAUUGCCGAUCCAUUUCUUAAUUUAUAUGGUGACGGACCAAUUCCAUCUUUACUACCAGACAAUUUAUUGUUUUCUAAUGACGAUAAUCUUGGUGGUAUUGAUCUUGAUUUACCACUUCCAAGCCCAAAUAAAUUUGAACAAGAAACAAUAUCAAAUAUGACCGAAAAUCCAGAAUUUGAAAGUGAAUUAAAAAAAUUUUUUGAUAAUUUUCCAUCACCAGACUCCUCAUCAUCAUCCAAUCAUCAUUCAACAAUCGAUAUAUUAGAUAAUUUUCCAUUUUCACCAUUUGAAAAUGUUCCUAUAAUAGAAAAACUUGAACCAACAUUACCACCACCACCUCCACCACCACAAAAAUUACCGGUUAUUAUAAAUACAACUAAAAUAGCUAAUCAACAUUUACCGAAAGUCGUACAACUAACAAAAGGAAAUGUUGUCUAUAUUCAAGCACCAAAUAAUUCAAAUAAAUCUCAAACAAAUUUUAUUCAAUUAACGAAUUGUUUACCAACAAUACUGAUCAAUACAUUACAAACACCAACAGUAAAUGAAGAUACAACAAAAUUAGUAGUAGCAGCACCAACGACAACAUCAACAAUCGAGGAUUUUCCUAUGGAUGAUAAUGAAUAUAAUGAUAUCGAUCAUUUACCAAUGACACCAUCAACUGGUAGUGAAUCACCUGAUGAACGAACGACAACUUCACCGGAUAUCACUCAUGAUAAUCAUUAUAUUAAAAAUCGUUUGCAUCGUCAUCAUCCUUAUGGUUUAAAUAAAUCUUCAUCAUCUAUGUUAACCAAUAUUGAUAAAUUACCAUCAUCUGGUCCGUUAUUAUUAACAGAUGAAGAACUAAAACUAAUAAAACAAGAAGGGUAUCAAAUUCCAACAAAACUCCCAUUAAAUAAAACUGAAGAAAAAGUUCUUAAAAAAAUCCGACGAAAAAUUAAAAAUAAAAUUUCGGCACAAGAAAGUCGUCGAAAGAAAAAAGAAUAUGUCGAUACACUUGAACGACAAAUUGCCAAAUACAUCGAUGAAAAUGGAGCACUUAAAGAUCGUGUGUCAACAAUGGAAAAAAAUCAAAGAUCGUUGAUGCAAGAACUUCAAUCGCUUCGAUCAAUGCUCGGCAAAGGAACACCAUCGACAGGCAAAGUUUUAAUGGUUCUUUGUUUAUUUUUUGCUGUUUUAUUUGGUAUAUGGUCACCUAUAGUGAAUAAACAAUCAGUCGAUGAUUUUAUACGUUCGUCAAAUGAUGGAUCAUCAUCAUCACAACAAAAAUCUUUAACAUCAUCAAAUAAUCCUGAUUCAUCAAAUAAUAUUCGUUCAACAACAACAAAAUCUUUAAUUGAACAACAAGAUAUAAUUAAACAAGAACCAACCUAUUCAAAUUAUAUUCCAAAUAAUUAUAAAUCGCGUGUACUAUUAUCCUAUGAUGAACAUGAAAAUCAUUAUCAUGGACCUUAUUUAUCAUCAAAUAAUAAAUAUAAAUCAUCAUCUCAACAACAACAAACAACUGCACCAGGAUAUACUUAUACAAAUUCAGUUGAAAAAUAUAUGAAUAAAAAAUUUAAAUCAGGACAUGAUGAAGGAGAAAUAAAUUUUUUAACACAACGAUCAUCAUCUACAUGUUUGAAACGACCAUUAACUGUUGAAUCAUCUCCAUCGAUAAUACUUUCAAAUGAUUAUAAAAGUAUUCGAUUGAAUCAUACAUCAAAUUACCGUAUUAAUGAAAACGUGGUUGUUAUUGAAAAUUCAAAUGAAAAAACUGAUCAUGAUUCAACAACAUUCGAAGGUAAACCAUUAAAAAUAAUUCGUGUUGAACGAACAACACCUGCUAUUGGUAAUGAUACAUUAAAAUUAUCACAUCGUACAGUGAAUGAAUAA